UAACUGUGUGACGGUCCCUCCUUAGUGACAGGCGGGUGUUUGUGUGCGAUGUUACUUUUGGACUAACUAACGCUAGCUUCUUCUCAUAUAAAUACUGGCUGAUUUGGCUAUAAGAGGGCACUCAUUUUUAUUUUUAUUUUAAAAAAAGUUAGUAAUCCCGGGAGCAACGCCUAUAUCCUAGUUUUAUGUGUGAAUAUGGGGUAGUUAAAAAGUGUAAAUUUGCGUAACUGGUUUAGCAAUAAGUGACACAACUCGUACAACAGGCUUUGCAUACACUUUAGUAACGUACAGGGUAACGUCGUGUUGUUGCAAAUGGAAAGAGUUGGUCUUCGUCUGUCCCUGAAACAAAGAUAUAUUCUGCUGUUAUGUGUCGCUGUCGGAGCGGUACUUGCUUAUCAGUUUACAAGGAAUCGCCCUGAAGUGAGAAGAAUGAGCCACGUGGAAGGUCUGAGGGCCAACUCAUCUCAGUUCACUCUGGAGAGAAAACCCUUUCGCAUCCUGGGAGGCUCAAUUCAUUACUUCCGUGUCCCCAGAGCCUACUGGGAGGACCGGCUGCUGAAGAUGAAGGCCUGUGGCCUGAAUACUCUAACAACGUACGUGCCGUGGAACCUGCACGAGCCUGAGCGAGGGGUGUUCAACUUCGAGGAUCAGCUGGACUUAGAAGCCUACCUCCGCCUUGCAGCCAACCUGGGCCUCUGGGUGAUUCUGCGUCCAGGGCCCUACAUCUGUGCUGAGUGGGAUCUGGGGGGUCUGCCCAGUUGGCUACUCCGGGAUCCAAAGAUGAAACUGAGAACGACCUACCCAGGAUUCACAAAUGCAGUCAAUUCCUUCUUUAAUCAGCUCAUGAAGAAAGUUGUUCCGCAUCAGUACUCCAAGGGUGGCCCAAUUAUCGCAGUUCAAGUGGAGAAUGAAUACGGCUCCUACGCCAAAGAUAAAGAGUACAUGCAUUUCAUCAAGGAGGCGCUGCUGUCAAGGGGUGUCACUGAGCUGCUGCUGACCUCAGACAACAAGGAAGGACUAAAGCUUGGAGGAGUGAAAGGAGCGCUAGAAACCAUCAAUUUCCAGAAACUGAACUCGAAUGACAUCAAGUAUCUGGAUAAAAAUCAACCUCACAAGCCAAAGAUGGUGAUGGAGUACUGGUCUGGCUGGUUCGAUCUUUGGGGUGAACUACAUCAUGUGUAUGCAGCUGAGGACAUUUUACCCGUGGUCACGGAGAUCCUGAAACUGGGCAUGUCCAUCAACCUCUACAUGUUCCACGGGGGGACGAAUUUUGGCUUCAUGAGCGGGGCGUUUGCCGUUGGAUUGCCAGCACCUAAACCUAUGGUGACAAGCUACGAUUACGAUGCUCCAUUAUCCGAGGCUGGGGAUUACACCACCAAGUACCAUCUUCUGAGGAAUUUAUUCAGCCUCUACCACACUCAGCCUCUCCCUGAACUGCCCUCUCUCCAGGAGAGGAGAGCGUACCAGCCUGCUGUCAUCCAGCAGCACAUGUCUCUGUGGGACAGUCUGCAUUUCACUGACAAGCCUUUUAAGUCAGUGAGGCCGGUGAACAUGGAGAAUCUCCCCUUCAACAAUAACAAUGGUCAGUCUUAUGGCUACACACUGUUUGAGACCACCAUCACCAGUGGAGGAACCCUCAACUCAAAGAACAACAUCAGAGACAGAGCACUGGUUUAUGUGGAAAAACAUUUUGUUGGUGUUCUGGAUUAUAAGACACAAGAACUUGCUCUCCCCGAUGGGAAGGGAAAAAGAACUCUAAGUUUACUGGUGGAGAACUGUGGAAGAGUGAAUUAUGGGAAAACCCUGGAUGAACAGCGCAAAGGUCUUGUUGGAGAUAUCGAGUUAAACAAGCAUGUCCUCCGAGACUUCAUUAUUCAUAGUCUGGGUAUGAAGCCGGGCUUUGUGAACAGACUCGAGAGUUCAGGCCACUGGAUGUCAAUGCGUCAGCGGCCCUUGUUCCCAGGUUUUUUCCAGGCCAGACUCUAUAUCAACAGUGUACCCAAAGACACCUUCAUCAAACUGCCUGGCUGGGGCAAAGGUGUAGUGUUUAUCAACGGCAAGAAUCUGGGACGCUACUGGUCCAUCGGUCCUCAGCAAACUCUCUAUGUCCCAGGUCCCUGGCUUCACAGGGGGGACAACCAGGUCAUUGUGUUUGAAGAGCAGGAAGCAGAUGGUAAGAUUCAGUUCACCACCAGCCCUGACUACGGCAUGUCUGUUGAUGUCCAGUGAGGACAGGAGGUGAGAGGGGAUUAGGUGGGGGAGGAAACAGCCGAGGCUUUCGCCGUGAGCUUUGUCUGCUCGGGCACAGACGUCAUGCUGCGACCAGCAGCACUCGAAAGUCACACAUGUUGGUGAAUGUGGAUUUCCUGUCUGAAGACUUGUUUUUCAUUUAAUGACUUUCUGUUGAAUCAUUUCCCUUCAUAACAAUAUCAUUAACCUGGACUCAUAUACUACAUAACUGGUGACCAAGAAACUGUGACAGAGAAUGACAUUUAUUAUAAUAAAGUGUAUCGGUUUGGUGCUUAAUUUAUAAAUUGCAGGCAGUGUAAAAAAGAACUGUGAAUAAAGCUGCUUUGACCUGUAACAGUC